AUGAAGUGCAGAAAAAUUAAAGCUGUCGUUCGAUAUCACACUCCAAACAAAAGAAAAGAGCCUGAAAAAUAUUUUCACCACCUUCUCAUGUUGUAUUUUCCGUGGCGUAAUGAGCAGGAACUCUUUGGCGAAGACCAGACAUACAUAUCUAAGUUUUAUGAGCCAGAUGUUCAAGAGGUAGUACAGCGCAACGAAGAAAUAUUUGAGCCAGAUGGUGAUGCAAUUAAUGAAGCACUAGAAAGUUUGCAAAAUUUUGAUGGCGUACCAACGCACUCCUAUGAUCCAAUAAAUGACCAGGAAAACGACGACUUACGACAGAGUUUGCCUGACCAUUCUGAUGAAACCGAGUCUUUUAACGAAUCGUUGCCACAACAUCUUGCAUCAAAUCCUGAAUCAGUUCUACCAUCUUCUGGAUUAAGUUCUUAUAAUCAACCCUAA